CUUUUUUUCAAUAAUAGUUUUAAUCCUCUGUCGCAAAGUUACAUGCUUCACGAUACAAAAUUCCUUUUUUUAUUUAUUUUUUAUUACAGAUUUUAUUAUUUAAAACUUUAUUUACUGCUCUGUAUUUUCUUAUUCUUGCAGGUUGAAUAACACACAUUAUACGUGUUCUAGGGUACAUCAGAUAAAGUGGACCUGUGUGUGAUCACCAAGAGACUGGGGACGGGAGGUGGCCGUCCCCCGGAGACGAGUCGGUAUCCCCCCCAAACAGGAAGUGACAGUCAGUCUACGGAGUAAAUCCCACAGAAGCACACGUAUGGACCCGCUCCUCUUCCUCCUCCUCUUCAUCGUCAGUCUGCCAGGCAGUGCCAGCGUGUGGACGCAGGGCAGGGUGUCUGCGCAGAAAGGGGGCUCGGUCUCCAUUCCGUGCCGCUACGCUCAGCAGUAUAAAGACAGCGUGAAGUAUUGGUGCAGGGGCGUGCUCUGGCCCACCUGCAUCGUGCUGCAGCGCACAGACUCUCCACAGGGCAGGGCAGGCCUGUCAAUCACAGACGACCCCGCCCAGCAGGUCUUCACCGUCACCAUGACCAACCUGCAGCUCUGGGACACCAACAAGUACUGGUGCGCCGUGAAGAUCAAAGGCAUCGACACACCUGACGCCAGGGCAGGAGUGUUCCUGUCAGUCACCAGAGGAACUCCUACACCGCGAACUCCACCCCCUGUUCUGUCUACAGGAACUCUUCCACCAGGAACUCCACCCUCUGCUCUGUCUACAGGAACUCCUCCACCAGGAACUCCACCCUCCGCGCUGCCUACAGGAACUCCUCCACCAGGAACUCCACCCUCCGCGCUGCCUACAGGAAAGACACUCUCAGCAUCAGUCUCCUCUCCCAAAGGCAGUGCCAGCGUGUGGACGCAGGGCAGGGUGUCUGCGCAGAAAGGGGGCUCGGUCUCCAUCCCGUGCCGCUACGCUCAGCAGUAUAAAGACAGCGUGAAGUACUGGUGCAGGGGCGUGCUCUGGCCCACCUGCAUCGUGCUGCAGCGCACGGACUCUCCACAGGGCAGGGCAGGCCUGUCAAUCACAGACGACCCCGCCCAGCAGGUCUUCACCGUCACCAUGACCAACCUGCAGCUCUGGGACACCAACAAGUACUGGUGCGCCGUGAAGAUCAAAGGCAUCGACACACCUGACGCCAGGGCAGGAGUGUUCCUGUCAGUCACCAGAGGAACUCCUACACCGCGAACUCCACCCCCUGUUCUGUCUACAGGAACUCUUCCACCAGGAACUCCACCCUCUGCUCUGUCUACAGGAACUCCUCCACCAGGAACUCCACCCUCCGCGCUGCCUACAGGAACUCCUCCACCAGGAACUCCACCCUCCGCGCUGCCUACAGGAAAGACACUCUCAGCAUCAGUCUCCUCUCCCAAAGGCAGUGCCAGCAUGUGGACGCAGGGCAGGGUGUCUGCGCAGAAAGGGGGCUCGGUCUCCAUCCCAUGCCGCUACGCUCAGCAGUACAAAGACAGCGUGAAGUACUGGUGCAGGGGCGUGCUCUGGCCCACCUGCAUCGUGCUGCAGCGCACGGACUCUCCACAGGGCAGGGCAGGCCUGUCAAUCACAGACGACCCCGCCCAGCAGGUCUUCACCGUCACCAUGACCAACCUGCAGCUCUGGGACACCAACAAGUACUGGUGCGGCGUGAAGAUCAAAGGCAUCGACACACCUGACGCCAGGGCAGGAGUGUUCCUGUCAGUCACCAGAGCGUUGCCCCCGAUGACCCCCCGAGCAGCAGUCUCCAUAGCAACACCGCCCUCUGCAGGACGCUGCGUAGACUGCACAUCACCUCCACCCUCAGCUCGUUCUGCCUGGUCACCGGCGCUGUCUCCGUCAGCUCCUUCAUCUACAACACCACCUGUCAGUCUGUCUGCACCAAGUUCUCCACCCACAGCAAUGCCCCCCAACCUGAAAACAACACCUCCACCCACAGCAAUGCCCCCCACCCUGAAAACAACACCUCCACCCACAGCAACGCCCCUCACCCUGAAAACAACGUCUCCACCCACAGCAAUGUCCCCCAGCCUGAAAACAACUUUUCCAGCCACAGCAACGCCCCCCACCCUAAAAACAACAUCUCCACCCACAGCAACGCCCCCCACCCUGAAAACAACAUCUCCACCCACAGCAACGUCCCCCACCCUGAAAACAACAUCUCCACCCACAGCAACGUCCCCCACCCUGAAAACAACAUCUCCACCCACAGCAACGCCCCCCACCCUAAAAACAACAUCUCCACCCACAGCAACGCCCCCCACCCUGAAAACAACAUCUCCACCCACAGCAACGUCCCCCACCCUGAAAACAACAUCUGAACUCGGGACUCUCUUUGCGGUGACGUCUAUGGCCCCUCCCUCUGCCUGGCCGAAACGUGCCCGCUCCCCAGCCCGUCCUGGUCCGCCUGCCACGCCUUCGGCACCCGCGUCCCGAGCCGUUCUCAACAGAGCCAACCCCCAGAGCCUGGGGCAACACAGCUUACGCUGGUGGCAGUCUCUUCUGGUUGCCUGCGGGGUCCUGUUGUUGGUGGCGACAGUUGCCAUGGUGACAUGGAAGACGUGGAGGCGGCGUGAAAGCUCAUACAGCAGGUGGGAGAUGGACGAACUGGAGUCCAACCUCGUGCUCCACACGGAGAGCAAGAAUGACCUCACAGGCCCCGUCCCGCUGUUCCUCGGCAGGGAGCCCCAGGGAGAACACCUGCUUUGACAGCACACUGCUAACGUGCUAACGUGCUGAAGAAGUCUACUUCAGACCAAGAUGACGUGACCACAAACCAAUCGCCCCUGUCCCCACGAUUCCAUUUUAUUUUGCGCAUGCCAAACCAACAGCAGCACUGACACUCAGGCUUGAAAACCAACAAAACCCAUUUGGCACAUUGAAGAAACAUCAAGAUCAGAAUGGACAAGAAACACUUGAAGGAAUGCCAAGCAGGAUGAUGUCUGAAUUUAAAAAUCAGAUCAGUUCCAAAUUCAUAUGGAACCUCUGUUUAUAUAUUAACAUGUAAAAUAAAAUAAAACAAAAUAAAAUAAACA